ACGUUGGCCUGUGGGGAGCAUGGCGGCGUCUUCGAGUGCCGAGAAGGAGAAGGAGCGGCCGGGCGGUGGCUUCGGAGCGGCGGGCGGUAACAGCACGCGAGAGCGGCUGCUGUCUGCGCUCGAAGACCUGGAGGUCCUGUCGAGAGAACUUAUAGAAAUGCUGGCAAUUUCAAGAAACCAAAAGUUGUUACAGUCUGGAGAGGAAAACCAGGUCCUGGAGUUGUUAAUUCAUAGAGAUGGGGAAUUUCAAGAACUAAUGAAAUUGGCACUUAAUCAGGGAAAAAUCCAUCAUGAAAUGCAAGUUUUAGAAAAAGAAGUAGAAAAGAGAGACAGUGAUAUUCAGCAACUACAAAAACAGCUAAAGGAAGCAGAACAGAUACUGGCAACAGCUGUUUACCAAGCAAAAGAAAAACUCAAGUCAAUAGAAAAAGCAAGAAAAGGCGCUAUCUCCUCAGAAGAAAUAAUUAAGUAUGCACAUAGGAUUAGUGCAAGUAAUGCGGUGUGUGCCCCACUGACCUGGGUCCCAGGUGACCCACGGAGACCAUACCCAACUGAUUUGGAGAUGAGAAGUGGAUUAUUGGGUCAAAUGAACAAUCCUUCCACUAAUGGAGUGAACGGUCAUCUACCAGGGGACGCACUUGCAGCAGGCAGAUUACCAGAUGUCCUUGCUCCACAGUAUCCGUGGCAGUCAAAUGAUAUGGCACUGAAUAUGUUACCACCAAAUCACAGUAAUGACUUUUUGUUGGAACCUCCAGGACAUAACAAAGAAAAUGAAGAUGAUGUAGAGGUUAUGUCAACAGACUCCUCAAGCAGUAGUAGUGACUCUGAUUAAAAAAAAGUAUGACAAAAAGCAUACAAAAUUGAAUACUAUUGAAUUCUGUUUCUUAAACAGCAAACGUGUAAAAAUAGCCAGGUGAUACUGGCUGUAGUGAAACUGUGCUGCCCAUUAAAAAUCACAGUGGACUUUCUUUUUAAAGUCAAACAUCAUGGUUUCAGUUCUAAACCAUAGGUGAAUAUUUAGAGAAAAUCAAAAUUUACUGUUGGAAAAAAAGAUUAUUCAAUUCAGUGCUGUCUAACCUUGUUCUAUUCCAGUUGUGUUGGACUUGUGCAUAGUAGUUCUGGAAAUAAGAUUUCAGGGAAAUGACCCAUGUACAUAUCACUAAUAGGCCUCCUGGAAUUACUUAAAAAAGCAUAAACAAAGGCAGUGGAUCACUGAAUGUGCAUCUUAUCUCAGAAGAACAGAAACCCUCAUUUGAAAGUAAAGGCUGUUAGCUUCUGUCACAGGAACAGGAGAAAUUUUCUCAAUUUGUACUGUUUGUAAUUAUUGUAUUUUUUGUAAAUAAACUCACUUUUGUUUGUACUUU